CGGGUACCACAUUUCCACAGAGCUACCGCAUUGAAUGGCUUGCGGAGAAUUGAGAGUGGGCGCUGGGUGGUCAGGAAGUAGUGUGUGCUUUUUCUUUUUUGAGGGAGAAGGCAAAGCAGCUGUGAAGAGAACGAGAGAUUCAGAACACACAGGAGAUGUCGCGCGUGGCUCCUCACUGAAAUUUUUUUUGGAAAGGGGAAAAGCCUUUCUCCUCGACGCGCAUCUCUACUGCUGCGUUGAAGAAGGCGGGAGAGCCGUGCGCACGCUCUAGUUGGCUAGCCACUCGGCACCUCGUUGCAAUAGGGGCUGCUCAGAGUUGGGGCUGCUCCGUUGGCUUUCUCUGCCCCUCCCCCUCUUCUUUUCUCCCCUCCCUUCCUCGCCCCCCUCCGCCCCUCUCUACCCGUCUGAAUUCCCUGGCUGGAGUACGCGUGCGCUUGGUCAGCUCCCUUCGAGCGCGAGCUAGGGCUCCUACCCCGCUCCUCUAACCCCGCCCGCUCUUUACCUACCAGCCGUAGCUAGCCCUGUGGGCUCAAGGGGAGACGCUCGCGCGCACGCGCACACGACUCGGAGCCGAGCCCGAGACCUCGAGGAGGGGAGUAAGAAGCAUCGGAAGAGGCGGUAGAGGAGGAAGAGGCGGUGUGUUUGUGUUAAUGAAGAUUGAACCUAGGGCCUUGUGCUUGUUGGACUGUGCUCCUGAAUUCUUCUUUAUGGUCAAGAAACUGCUGGAUCCAUAAUGAAGAGGUUCUAGGUUGCUAUGGGAAUAUAUGACCACAUAAAAGGAAGUCUGUUCUGAUAAUUCUGAUACCUAAGAUGUGAUUGGACUGAGGAGUGGAACAGGAAAAAUUUUAGUGCCAACCGUAGUUACAAUGGCCACUGAUUCAGGGGAGCCAGCUGGCACAGAAGAUUCUGAGAAACCUGAUGGAGUUUCCUUUGAAAACAGAGUUCCCCAGAUUGCCUCAACUUUGACAGUAGAAGCUAGAUUAAAGGAAAAUAAUGGCACCUUCACUGCUUCUGGGGAAACAAUAGAAAGGAAGAGAUUUUUCCGAAAGAGCAUUGAGAUGACAGAAGAUGACAAAGUUGCUGAAUCUUUCUCCAAAGAUGAAAGAGUAAAGGCUGCAACAAAUAUUCCAAGAGUAGAUAAACUUUCUAAAAGUAUGCUGAGAGGUGGACAAGAAGGUAAAUACGAGCAGUGUUCAAAGGCAACUUCGGAAACCUCAAAAGAUUGCUUCAAGGAGAAAAAUGAAAAGGAAAUGGAAGAAGAAGCAGAAAUGAAAGCUGUAGCGACUUCUCCCAGUGGCAGGUUCCUGAAAUUUGACAUAGAACUGGGAAGAGGAGCAUUUAAGACAGUGUAUAAAGGACUGGACACUGAAACAUGGGUUGAGGUUGCUUGGUGUGAGUUGCAGGACCGGAAGUUAACCAAAGCUGAGCAGCAAAGGUUUAAGGAAGAAGCAGAGAUGUUGAAAGGUCUCCAGCAUCCCAAUAUAGUUCGAUUUUAUGAUUCUUGGGAGUCUAUCUUAAAAGGAAAAAAAUGUAUUGUAUUAGUAACUGAACUAAUGACAUCAGGAACCUUAAAGACGUACUUAAAACGAUUUAAAGUCAUGAAACCAAAGGUUUUAAGAAGCUGGUGCAGGCAAAUUUUAAAGGGAUUGCAGUUCCUGCACACUAGGACUCCUCCUAUUAUUCACCGGGAUCUGAAGUGUGACAAUAUUUUCAUCACAGGACCCACUGGAUCUGUGAAGAUUGGUGAUCUAGGACUGGCCACCUUAAUGCGCACAUCAUUUGCUAAGAGUGUCAUUGGAACUCCUGAGUUUAUGGCUCCAGAGAUGUAUGAAGAGCACUACGAUGAAUCCGUUGAUGUCUAUGCUUUUGGAAUGUGUAUGUUAGAAAUGGCUACUUCAGAGUACCCUUAUUCUGAGUGCCAGAAUGCAGCUCAAAUAUACCGUAAAGUAACCAGUGGCAUAAAACCAGCCAGCUUCAAUAAAGUCACUGAUCCUGAAGUGAAAGAAAUCAUUGAAGGAUGUAUUCGUCAAAAUAAAUCUGAAAGGUUGUCUAUCAGGAACCUGCUAAACCAUGCAUUUUUUGCUGAGGAUACAGGACUGAGGGUGGAGUUAGCAGAAGAAGAUGAUUGCUCAAAUUCAUCCCUGGCUUUGAGACUCUGGGUUGAAGAUCCUAAAAAAUUGAAAGGCAAACACAAAGACAAUGAAGCUAUUGAAUUCAGUUUUAAUUUAGAAACAGAUACACCUGAGGAAGUAGCAUAUGAAAUGGUCAAGUCUGGAUUCUUUCAUGAAAGUGAUUCCAAAGCUGUUGCUAAAUCCAUUAGAGACCGGGUAACCCUGAUAAAAAAGUCCAGGGAGAAGAAGCCUGCUGGUUGUUUGGAAGAGCACAGAGAUUCCCAGUGCAAGUCUAUGGGAACUAUAUUCAGUCAGCCCCAAACUACAACUUUGCCCCCUUCUCCUGCCCAAUACACUAGGGCUGAAUGUGAAGAAACUGAAGUUGAUCAACAUGUUAAACAACAGCUUCUACAAAGAAAACCACAGCAAGACUGUUUCUCUGUUAGAGGUGAUAAUUUGUCGGAAGCAGAAGCUGGAUCAAUUAUACAUUCAGAUACUUCAAGCCAGCCCAGUUUACCCUAUUCCUCAAACCAGAUGAUGAGCUCUCAAAUGACUUCUAACAUCCUGCAAGCUGACAUAAAUGUUCCAGGGCACAUUUAUCCAUCCCAACAACUAUUAGGACAUUGCCAGCAAAUUUCAGGGUUGCAGCCACAGCUGACUCAGCCCCACAUUUUACCUGUGGUUCAAGGUCAGUCCAAUGUUUUGCCUGUACAUGUCCAUGGACCUACAGUUCUUUCACAGCCCCAAGUUUCCCCAUUAACUGUCCAGAAGGACUCACAGAUAAAGGCUGUAUCCCAAUUGGCUGGAGUUGAACAACAAGCAGCUCUUCAAAAACCAGAUUUAGUUGGCAGCUUGAAUCAAGAUGUGGCAGUUAUGAAAGAAAACACCUAUAACCCUGAUAAUCCAAGUGGAAAUGGCAAACAGGAUCGGAUCAAACAGAGAAAAGCUUCCUGUCCCCGACCAGAGAAGGGGACUAAAUUUCAGCUUACUGUUCUUCAGGUUUCAACCUCUGGAGACAAUAUGGUAGAGUGUCAGCUGGAGACUCACAACAACAAGAUGGUUACCUUCAAGUUUGAUGUUGAUGGCGAUGCACCAGAGGAUAUUUCAGACUAUAUGGUUGAAGAUAACUUUGUGCUAGAAAAUGAGAAGGAAAAAUUUGUAGAAGAAUUGAAAGCUAUUGUAGGUCAAGCCCAGGAGAUUCUCCAUGUCCAUUCUGCUGCAGAAAAAUCUGUGGGAGUUGACUCUGUUACCUUGGAAUCCAACAGUAACCAAACAGGAUCAUCUGAACAAGUACAGAUAAAUUCUGCAUCCACUCAAACCAGCAAUGAAUCUGCUCCUCAGUCAUCCCCAGUUGGUCGAUGGCGAUUUUGUAUCAAUCAAACCAUAAGAAACCGUGAGACUCAGUCUCCUCUUCAGCCUUCGAUGGCUACAGUUCCUGGGCUACAUACAUUUCCUUGCUCAAGAAACACAAGUAAUAAGGAAAUAUCACAGGACACACUGCUUACUAUAGAAAAUAAUCCAUGCCAGCGUGCACUUUUCACCUCCAAAUCAGAACAUAAGGAUUUAGUUGAUGGUAAGAUUUCUGAAUGUGCUAGUGUAGAAACUGAGCAGCCACCUAUACUUUAUCCAGUGGAAGAUGACAGGCAGAUAAUGGCACCAGGUACUAGUAGUUCUACUUAUUCUUCUCCGUCAGAUUGUUCAGUUCCAGUCAAAUGUGAGGGAUUUACCAGCCAAACAGGUAUGUUCAUACCUGUGAAUCCAUGUCAUCAAGCUGCCAGUCAGGCUAAUGUGCUCAUGGCCCAUCCUGGUGAAUCAAUCCGGAUUACUGGUAACCCUGUUAUGACUUCAGCAUUUGUGUCUGAUCAACCACCUCAGUCCUUAUCAGUACAGCAGCCAACUACUGAUGCAGAGUUUAUUUCCCAAGAAGGAGAAACAACAGCGAAUACUGAAGCAAGUUCUCCCAAGGCAGUCAUUCUCACUCAGACUUCUGGCCUUGAAGCAACUACCCUUCUUCCCAUUACUGUCUUGGAAUCAGAUGGGGAAAGACCUCCAAAGAUAGAGUUUGCAGACAACCGAAUUAAAACUCUGGAUGAAAAAUUAAGAAACUUGCUCUAUCAGGAGCACAACACCUCUAGCAUCUAUUCUGAGAGUCAGAAGGAUACCCAAAGCAUAGACUCUCCAUUUUCUUCUUCUGCUGAAGACACACUUUCCGGUACAAUGCCAGAAGUCCUAGCCACCAGUCACUGUGGAAUCCAAGAUAGCCCUGUACAAUCUCCUAAUUUCCAACAGGCAGGCUCUAACAUUCUGUCCAAUGUGGCUGCAAGUCAGCCUGCUAACAUAUCAGUGUUCAAAAGGGACCUGAGUGUGAUAACUUCUGUACCCAGCGAAUUAUGUUUACAUGAGAUGUCUCCAGAUGCUUCACUUCCAGGGGAUCCAGAGGCCUAUCCUGCUGCUGUGUCAAGUGGUGGAGCCAUUCAUCUGCAGACAGGAGGUGGAUAUUUUGGCCUAAGCUUUACUUGUCCUAGUCUCAAAAAUCCUAUUAGCAAGAAAUCCUGGACUCGCAAAUUAAAAAGCUGGGCAUACAGGCUACGGCAGUCAACCAGCUUUUUCAAGAGAUCAAAAGUCCGUCAAGUGGAAACAGAAGAUAUAAGAUCAGCAAUUGCUCCUGAUCCCAUUCCUCUGACACGGGAGUCCACAGCUGAUACUAGGGCUUUGAAUAGAUGUAAAGCAAUGAGUGGAUCAUUUCAGCGGGGUCGGUUCCAGGUGAUUACAGUUCCUCAGCAGCAGUCAGUGAAAGCAACAUCUUUUGGAAUAGAACACAGACCAGUAUUCAAGGAAAAGCAGUCUAGUGAAGAAGCACUAGCCUUUACUACAACUGCAAAGUCUCAGUUGGUAGAAGUGGACUCUACCACGCACAGUCUUCAGACUUCCAUUUCUUCUCAAAAGUUUCAAACUCUUCACAAAACCUUUAAAGAAGAUAAAGUAAUUCCCAAACAAAUUAACAGCUUCUUAGCUUUAAGCACAGUUUGUGAGUCUGAUGUAUCUUCAGUGACCCCAGAAAAAGAAUUGGAAGAAAUUUCAGCCAUGAGAAGUAGCAUGCAGUCUGGAUCCAAACUGUUGCUUAAAGAAAGAGAAAUAUUGACUAGUGGGAAAAAGCUUAGUUCUAAUAGUGAAUUUUUAGCCAACCUUGCUGGAAAUGAAAAUGCAGUGGCAAAAACUGGUCCAGAGAGUAAUCAGUGCUUACCACUCCAUGAACAAGCAUAUGCUCAAACACAGAGUUCACUCUUCUAUUCUCCAUCUUCACCAAUGAGCAGUGAUGAUGAGUCAGAAAUAGAGGAUGAAGACUUAAAAGUGGAGCUUCAAAGAUUAAGAGAAAAGCACAUUCAGGAGGUGGUAAAUCUUCAAACCCAGCAGAAUAAAGAGCUGCAGGAGCUCUAUGAACGCCUUUGGUCAAUUAAAGAUAGCAAGGCCCAAUCUUCAGAGAUUCCUUUGCCACCUGCAUCACCACGUCGACCAAGAUCUUUCAAAAGUAAACUUCGUAGCCGCCCCCAGUCCUUGACACAUGCGGACAACGGCAUAGUUGCAACAGAUCCACUGUGUGCAGAAAGCAGUAGAACAUCAUGCCAGCAAUCUCCAGCCAGUAAAAAAGGAAUGUUCACUGAUGACUUACACAAGCUGGUGGAUGACUGGACAAAGGAAACAGUUGGAAAUUCUCUUAUUAAACCAAGUUUAAACCAACUUAAACAAAGUCAACAAAAAUUAGAGACUGAAAACUGGAACAAGAAUACUCCAUCUACUAUGGGCUACACACCAACAUGGAUUUCUUCUCUGUCCCAAAUCCGUGGAGCUGUCCCAACUUCCUUGCCACAAGGACUCCCACUCCCUUCAUUUCCUGGGCCAUUAUCUUCAUAUGGAAUGUCCCAUGUUUGUCAGUAUAAUGCUGUGGGGGGCACAGGGUAUCCAGUACAAUGGGUAGGAAUUUCAGGAACAACACAGCAGUCUGUGGUAAUUCCUGCCCAAUCUGGAGGACCGUUCCAGCCAGGGUUGACUUUGCAGGCAUUUCCAGCUCCAGUGCAGAAUCCGGCUACAAUCCCUCCUGGUCCCAAGUGAAUCAGAGUAGAUGAUGAAGAAAAUGGAGAUUUUUUUUUCAGAAUUAUUUUCAGAACACCUGAGAUCUUAAAGUUUCUUCUUCUUGGGUUCUACUUUUUUCCCCUCUUUGAGUUUACUUUAUUUUGUUGUUGUUGUUGUUGUUGUUCCAAUGUGGUAUUUGAUAUAGCUCAUCAUUCUGUAGAAAUGUGUGGAUUGCACAUAGAACACUGCACACCAAAAUGUUUUUUCACUUCAAAUCCUAUCCUCUUUGAUACUUGAUUUUUAAAAAUACUGUUCAAAAUGCUUUAAUAAGCUCGACUUGAGCAUUACCAUUUCCAGGACACUUUCCAUGCACUGCUGAAAAGCCCCCAUUUUUAACUGCUGCUAUCUGCAGCUGAAUGAUACUUUUCUUUAAAAUAUGUAAAAAUUACUUAGAGUGAUUCUCCCCAAACAUGGACGAAGUGAGACCCUCUAAUAGCUGGGGUCUUGUGGAAUUCUUUACAUGAUUAUCUUCAGUUUACCUUUCACAGCAGGCAGAGUAACUUGCUGCAGAAAAUGUUUUGGUGUAUAAAAUUAGAAUAACUAUGUCAACCAAUACAUGAGCCCUUUUUAAUGUGAUUUUCUUCCUGUCAUCACAGCAGAAAGAGUGAAGCCUUGUUUUGAGUGAGGCAGAGGGAAAGGAAAAAAACAGAACUGUAACAGUUCCUUGAUUCUACAGAUACUAUAGCUUGCUUUAGGAUUUUGGUAAUAAUUCAGAGCAGCUAUGUCUUGUUUCUCAUGUGCACAUUACAUUGGUUUUGAGCAUCUGAGAGGCACUGGUUUGGCUUGCAUUCUUUUUCCAGGGAUAUAGUACAGCUAAUAUGAAUCUCAUUUGGGAGAAAUCCUUAUAUUCUUAACAAAGAGGAUUCAAGUUACACCUCUGUUGAUCCAUUUUUCUGCAGUGGAAUGUACUUGACACAGUAGGUUUUGUAAGGUUUUGAGAUUUACACAUGAAACACUGGCUUUACAGGGUUCUAAGAGAUGUGGGGUAUAUACCCCUGAAGUGAGAUAGUAGAACCUAGAAGGAUACUAUUUAAGUUGACCUUAGCUUUUUUGGAUUACCAUUUUUUAUAAUUUCUUAUUAGUUUAUAGUGUCUUAGAUGAUUUUAGAUCUUAGAUUGAGUUUGGCAGCCUCUUUAGAAUCAAGAGAGAUCACUGUCAAGUUGCACUUUACUGGGUUUUAUCCAGUUUUAGGAGGAAAGGAGGCAAUGUCAAAAUGUACACCUUUGGUUUUCUAGAAGGUUAACUGAACACCCUUAAAGGCUGGUCACAAGGUUACCUAGUUUUCAGUCUAUGAAACCGAAAUAGAAUUCUUAAAUGGUAUUUAUUGGCUACCAUAUAUACAUGUUCAAACUACUUACCCUUCCACUUGGAAGAUUUCAAGGUCUUCUAGAACAUGUUUACCCAAUCAGGAGUUCUACCUACUGGUAAAUAUUCCAAAUUGUUGCUCAGCAUUGAUAACAAGCUUUCCUCCAUAUUCCUAUAAAAAUUAUACCCCAUGGGCUGGCCAGGUAAUGAGGAAAACUUAAUGGGUGUACUUCUUUUUGUUUUGCACAGUCUACUUUGUGACAUUCAGUACCCUUUCUGAAAAACGUGACAUAUUGCUUAGCUGAGGACCACACUUAACAUGAUGAAGAUUCUAUCACUAUCAUUUACAUCAUCUAGGGCAGCAUUUUGACAGUCACUAUUGAUAAGAGGCAGUUUCUUUUCAUAAAAUAUCCUUUGUUUUGGAUGAGUCUUUCCAAAUCUUACAUAUGGAUUCUUUUAAGUUUCUUCUAUAAUACUGGUUUGCAAGUUGAAGUGAUUUUAGGACAUUAGUGUAAUGCAAAUGCUUACAUUGCAGUGUUUUCAUGGGGACAAAAAUGCUCCUAUAAAAUCUGUAAUUCUUUAAAUUUGUGUUUCACUAUAAGAGUUGGCUUUAUGUAGCUACAUUGAGACACACAUCCUAUAAAGUAAAAACACUACAGGUUUUAUGACCUCUUCUUCUAGCUGCAAUCUUUUUAAACAGUGUACCCCAGGAUGAAAAAAGCUCCAUGGAUGAUGUGUACAAUUACAUUUAAAUAAUGGCUGCUCUACACCAUAUGUUCUGAAUUUUGUCACCACUUGUUUACAUAUAAUUCCUCAUUCUUGUUUGCCUGCAGACUUUUGCAGUGCCUUGUAAUAUUGAGAAUCUUUUCAGGUUUUUUUUAGAAAGAAAAGUAAUCUUCUAAAGUUUGAAGAUGGUGAAUAGUGUACUGCUGUCUCCAUGCUGACUGCAGUAGCUGGGUUAACACGUUAUGUAUACAUUAUGUAUAUAUGACACAUGUAUACAUUUAAAAAUACAGAAAAAGUGAGUUUGUGCAGAAAUGAAAACCAAGUUAUUCACAUUGCUGUGGGUUUUAUUUACUUUUUUUCCCAUUACUUAAAUAUUUGAUUCAGAUUUGACCUGAGUAUUGGCUAGUUUUCUACCUAUGGGUUUUGCAUUAUUUUAUACUUUUCCUAAGUCAUUUAAUAGUGCUGUUUUCAUCCUUGCCUUAGGUACUUUUCCUCUCCAGACAUAAAUAACUCUUUAGGUAAAGCUCAGAAAUUCCCUUCUUACUUAACAGAGCCUACUAUGUAAAAGGGCCUUCUACUCAUUUCCAAAAAGCACACCACACUAUCCUUUUAAUUUUCUUGUAAAAGAGAAAAAGGUUGUGCUUAACCAUCAUGCUUGUAAAAUUUAUUUGGGGAAUACUGUGUAUGUCCAGCCACCAUGUUUACUUCUCAAAGCGCAAGUCUGAUGAACAGUACUGUAUCUCCAUAUGUGGCAAUGUGUACAUUGCAUCAUGAAGUACCUGCUGCUAUGUCUGUGAAGUUGGGUGUAACAUCAUAAAAAUAUGAAACCAGUGUUGGUGUAAGUCUAAUGAAAAUAACCAUGUGUAUAUUUGUAGCAGUCUUGAAUCUCUAUUUAAGGUAAUUUGUUGUAAUAUAACAAAUAUCCAUUGUUUUUCAUCCCUUCUUUGCAAGUUUUAUAUCAAGCAUGAGUUCUAAUGGUUUGACAGCAAAUUUAUCUGUGAAAGUUUAAAAGGCACUUUUCUGCUGUGAUUUUUGGAUUGGGUGUAGAGUGUUAUGUACAAUAUGAUGGAAUUUAUCAUCUUAGAACUUCAGAUUUAAUUCCAGUCCAGUUACUUUUGUUUAUCUACCUCGUUUUCAGUGCUGUUUUGGAUGCACAAGUAAACACUGCCUAUGAAACUUGCUUUUUUGCCUUGAUUCUCAGUAUUCCUUCAGAUUAUAAAUCUGGCAUUCUUCUUUGUCCCAGCACUAACCAUGAGUUUGAGUUAAGAGGGACAUCUCUGCCACCAAUCUGUGUUUAAGUGAUAAGAGCCAGGUGCCUAUGUCAAGUAAGUCUAGGAGAUUUGGGAAUGGCAAUCACAGAAAUAAAUUUAACUGGUUGCAAUAUAGGACUUAAUUAUGGGAGUUAGUUAUAAAAUAAACAAAUGAUUAAAGUUUACCUAAAUUAGACAGUCCAGUGCCUGUAACUUUGCAUUUUUUUUUUUUACUAGAGAUGCAUUUCUCAUCUCUGUGCCUAAAGGGCUAUGGUUUGAAAUUGCUUUAACUACCACAGUGAAAUAUUUGACAAAUCCUACACCAGUGAUCUGUCAUUCAACAUACUAGCAUACUACUAGGUAUUUUCACUGGUAUUUUGCUACCUUAAAAUGGCUGAAUGCAUUUAAGUUGAAUUGUACUUGGUGGUAAGGGUUUUAUAUAAUUGUUUAUCCAAUCUCUAAAAUUUAUAGAGGCAUUAACUUUGUUCUUUGCUGUAUUCUUCAAGCAGUGAAAAUGCAUUCCUUCUCCCUUCUGAAAGCUCAGCAAAUGUUUGUAACCAGAUGUUCCUUGUUUCAUAUGUUUACUGUGUAACACUACAGCAUAUUUAAUAUUAGUAAAACUGUAUUUCAGUCGUAAUGCAUAAAUACAUUCCUGAGGUAUAUUUGCCAUCAGUUCGGGAUUCAGUUACUUCAUACUUCAUUUGCUUCAGAAAAAUAUUGAGCUAUUUGAGGUGGUAUGCAGGCCAUUUUCUGGAUUAGAGUGUUUUUUGAAUCUGUAGCUUAUUGCGGGCUCCCUUUGUGAAGAUGAACUAGAAAAGGAGAGUGUAUAUAGAAAAGGCCCUUGAUUUGCUAAAUGUGAUUUCCAGGAUUAAAAUUUUUAAUUCCAUAUUAUAAAAUGUAAGCAUUCAAACCUCCUAAAAAUCUUCUGAAUUAAAAUUAGUAUGAAAUUUGUAUGGAGCCAAGUGCUUUUAGGUCACCCUGAAACAAUCUUUUUGUAUGAAGGAUAAACACAAACAUUGGUCAGAGACCUUUACAGCUAACUUAUGAAGGGGCCUAGGGCAGUAACUGGGUUACACUAAAGUUAUUUUCAACUGAGAUAGCUGGAAGAGUGUACAAGUGAACAGCUCCAAUUCUGGAAGGUUUUCUUUUAACUUAAAAAAAAAGUAAAGGGCCAAAAGUCAAGAAAGAAGGGAAGAGAAACUGGGCUCUGAGAAAAAAAAUAGUGCCAGUGUGAAAUAAAUUCCUAAAUGUGUGCUUAUCAUCCUUCUAGGUUUUUUAAAAUUUGCAUUUCUUUAGCAGUAUAAGUUAAGAUUUGAGAUUUAGAUUUUGUGGUCCAGAACAUACCCUCAGCAGACACAGCGACUAAUCAGAAAGUACAGUUGUUCAAGGUCUGUCAUGCUCAAUCACUUAAAGCUGUAAUUUGUUUGAUAUGAAUAUUAAGCAUGUAGACCUAGUGCAGCAUGGGAGCCACUCAGGAAGUUUAUGCAAUUGAUAAACUUUCAUGCAUAAUUUACUAUGAAGUAUGCAGAAUUUUAGCCACUUUUCUACACUUAACAUUUAGUUGUACAUGUGAACUCUCCUUUCUUAACUGGGGAAUGUAGCAUUAUAGAGAAUGUUAUUAAACUUAAUUUUAAUCCUUUUUGACAUUAACUUGGGGGGUGGGAAACCAAGUGAUCUGCCUUUCAGCAAUAGUCUGAUUUUGGUUCUCUGAAACUGAUUUUUAUUUCAUUUGUACCCAACCAUUGUUAAGUAUUUUGUUUUGUUUCCUGGAAAUUUUGUUUUGAAACAGAAAAUAAAGGCUGUGUUAAAUGA